GACCACGCUAAAAACAGAUCAGUACAAAAUAUUUCUAGUUAAUGGGUGUUCUCAUCGGCGCGUAUUUUCACUACUAACUAGUAACUAUUCGCUACUACUCGCUACACUAAGUUCACUAAGUCUUAAAUUUAUUUCCUCAGCCUUCCCUAGUCCUGCUGAAUCUAUCGUUCAUUUAUUAUACUACCGUUAUUUAACGUUCUUUACUUUCACUUCUCAUAAAUUACUACUCAAUAUUGACUACUCACUACUCACUACUAUCUACUACCUACUCACUAGUCACCACUCACUAGUAACUACUCACUAUCACCACUCACCAUCACUCACUAUUCACCGAUCUGUUCAGUAUGUCCUACGUCAAGGAAAUUAGUGAUAUACCGUUAAAACCGUCACAAGAAACAUUCGUUGAUGAUCCUACUUCCAUCGAUGAAGUCUCCCUAGAUGAAUUGGUGUUUGAUAUCGCACAUGGAAUUAAAACCAUCAAUAACCUUCAUGUCUUCCAUGCCAUAAUCAUUAUGUGUACAACUCUUAGUGAUAUCAUCAAAUUACAAUCAAAUCGUGAACUCUUUGUUGAGUUUAGACGUCAACAGUUAGCUCGAUAUGGUAUUGAUUUAGAUGAAAUUAACCAAUUCACUCCUCCUCCUCCAUCACAACCACAACCACAACCAUUACAACCACCAACUAUAAAUUCAGACAGUAUAAUGUAUACAUUAAAUGAUUCCAAUAUAUCAACUAUGCCUCCUGGUCGUUCUGCCACUCCUCCAUUAUCACCUCCAUUAAAGUUUGCUAAACUUAAUAGUAAUACUCUUUCUAAAGAAGGAUUGGUAACUUCAUUUCGAGAAUCAACUCCAGAUUCAUUGGCUAAUAGUGAUAAUUUAGAUGAUAAUGUGACCGAUAAGUCUCAUCCACCUUAUAUCCCUAUUGAAAUUCUUGUUCAAAACUCUUGUUUAGAUCCAAUUGAAAAUCCUAUUAGCGAUAUAAAUCAUGAAAAAUUCAGAAAGGAAUAUGCCUACAAUCAAGAUUUAAAACGUCAAACUCAAACAAGUCAUCUUCUUAAAAUAUUUAAAUUGAUUAAGAUACCUCCGUUAACUAUUGAACAAUUUCUUGUUCGAAUUAAAACUUAUUCAUCAUCAAUUUCGGUAACUUCUUACAUUCAUUCUGCUUCCAUGUUAUUUAAAUUAUGUGUUUUAUUAGAUAUUGUCCCCUUAACUCAAUCAAAUGUCUAUAGAUUAAUUCUUGCUUCCAUUAGAUGUUCAACAAAAAAAUUAGAAGAUGUUUAUCAGAAACAGAAAUCAUUCGCUACAGUAGGAGGUAUCACUACUAAAGAUUUAUUCAGAUUAGAAGUAUCCUUUUUAUAUCUUUGCAACUUUAAGUUGAUUAUUGGAGAAACUGUGUUUAAUGACUUUUUAACUCAAGAAUUUAUAGAAUUAAGACAAUUCUGUAAAUUAAAUUUAGAGACCGUUGCCUAAUAGUUGUAUUCUAUAUAUAUAUAAUGAUUAAUGAAUAGCCGAAUAGCCUAGCGAUAAACAUUUGCGAUAAAGAUUAGCGAGAAAAAAAAAUAGCCAGAAAAACAUAAGCGAAAAAAAAAAUAGCGAGAAAAAAAUAGCGAGAAAAAAAUAGCGAGAAAAAAAUAACGAGAAAAAAAUAGCGAGAAGAAAAUUAGCAGACGUAAAACCACUAUGACAUAUUAAAAUAAUGAAGGGUUGUAUACUAUUUGCAAAAAUAUAAUAUCAGUAUUCAUGAUUCUCAUACUUAAAUACCAAAAAAGAAUGCGAUUUCUGUGGAUCGAACACAGGACC